GCAAUGAGCAUUCUCCCCAACUGGAUUCCUUUGGCCCCACUCACGGAGGAGGAAAUGUUUGGCACAGGAGUCCAUAUCAAAGAAGAGCUAAAUGAAGGUGCUUCUGAAGAGAUAUAUUUGGAAAUUAAGGAAGAACCACAUGAUUAUGCAGAUGUAGUGAGGGACGAAGUCAGUGAAGAGGAAGUGAAACAGGAAUUUUUCUCUAAGGAUCUUCAAGACCUCCAACACGAAGCAAAUGAAAAUGAUGGGUGUGAUUCGACCAAGGACUGUAAUACUUUGUCGAGAGCAACAUUUGUGGCUGAGGAAUGUGGGAAGAAAGGCUCAUCAGAAGAGGAUCUGGUGAAGCUUAAGGAAAUUCACAAGGAGGUUGAAUGCAGAAAAGUAGAUAGGAAACUGAAAUAUUUUUUAUGUGAAGUAUGUGGCAAAACAUUCUGUAACAAAAACAGUGUCCGAGUGAUGCACAUGAGGGUACACACACAGGAGAAGCCAUACAGCUGUAAGAUUUGCAAUAAGGCCUUCUCACAGAGUAGUUCGCUGAUGCAACACAUGAGAGUACAUACAAAAGAGAAACCAUACAGCUGUGAGAUAUGUACGAAGGCCUUCACUGUGAAAUGUAGUCUAGUAAAGCACAUGAGGGUACACACUAAGGAGAAGCCAUACAGUUGUGAGAUUUGCAGUCAAGCCUUCUCACAGAAAAAUAGUUUAGUAAAGCACAUGAGAGUUCAUACAAAUGAGAAACCAUAUAGCUGUGAGAUUUGCAGUAGAGCUUUCUCUGAUAAAUUCAACUUGGGGCAACACAAGAGAGUACACACGAAGGAGAAACCAUACAGCUGUGAGAUUUGCAAUAAGGGCUUCUCAGUGAAUAGUUCCCUAGAACAACACAUGAGAGUACAUACAAAGGAGAAACCAUACAGCUGCGAGAUUUGCAAUAAAGUCUUUACUUGGAAAAGUAAUUUAGUAACUCACAUCAGAGUACAUACAAAGGAGAAACCAUACAGUUGUGAGGUUUGCAGUCAAGCCUUCUCACAGAAAAAUAGUUUAGUAAAGCAUACCAGAAUUCAUACGAAGGAGAAACCAUAUAGCUGUGACAUUUGCAAUAGAGCUUUCUCAGAUAAAUUUAACUUAAAGCAACACAUUAAAGUACAUGCAAAAGAUAAGCAUGACAAAUAGAGCACUGUAAUGAGGUUUCUUUAAGAAAUAUUAUUUAGUGAUUAUGUAGGUGCAUGCAUAGUAGGAGACAUAUAGGCAUUUUCUAAGAAGGGAAGAAUACUUCAGUGUACAUAAAUGAGCAUGAGCAAAGGCCUGACAUGAGCAAAGUAUACCCUUACCUAGAGAAGAAAUUUCGCAGGGCACGUAAGAAUCACCAACAAGAAAAUAUCUACAAGAUGCUUCCCCAUUAUUGGGGGAGAUGGAUCCUAGAUUUUGAACAUUCUUCCUUUUUGAUUUGUGGUGUAUAUAAUAUUCUUGUUGUUUUGUCAUAUUUGAUAAACUUUUACAUCUUA